AUGAGGCCCACCCUGCGCUGUCUCCAAGGCCUGGCUUACCAUGCACGGCGUGCAGAGAGCACCAGCUUUAUUGGCUUAGGGCGCAUGGGCUACGAAAUGGCCAACAAUCUCUUCUCCAAGAAGUAUGCUGCCUCCAAGGAUGCCCAUUUCGUCGUCUGCGAUGCCAUCCCUGAUACUGCUCAGGCUUUCCGAAACACCUUUGUCCAGAAGUACCCCGGGGCCCAUAUCACAGUCGUGAACGAUCCCGAACAAGCUGCCCUUGCCUCGGGCACGAUCAUCACAAUGCUUCCGUCCUCACCCCAGGUGCAAGAAGUGUAUUCCAAGAUUAUCCCUGCGUUGUCAUCAUUGCCGAAGGAGCUCGCGAGACACACACUAUGUAUCGACUCCACCACGCUGGACGUCGACGUCGCGAGGCAGGUCGCGUCGGAAGUGAAUAGCCAGGGGGCGAAGAUGGUGGAUGCCCCUGUCUCCGGAGGUGUUACCGGUGCUGCGGCUGGAACGCUAUCCUUCCUUGUGGGAGGUCCUGAGGAAUCCUUCAAGCUUGCUCAGCCGAUUCUGACCCACAUGGGGCAGCGCAUCAUCCAUUGUGGUCAAUCAGGUGCUGGUCUUGGUGCAAAGAUUUGUAACAACCUUGUACUCGGCGUAGAACAGAUUGUCAUCGCAGAAGCGAUGUUGCUGGGACAGAAACUAGGUUUGGACCCAGCCGUGCUCGCUUCCGUGAUCAACAGCAGCACGGGAAGUUGCUGGUCGUGUUCGGUAAACAACCCAGUCCCAUCCGCUCUUCCUGGAAAGGCGCCACCCUGUGAGAGGGAUUACGAGGGUGGAUUUGCAACAGCAUUGAUGCUCAAGGACAUGCGCCUCGCGACGGACAUAGCGGAGAAAAACCAAAGCGCGUUGCCUCUCGGGGUUGCUGCACGCGAGCUGUACCAGAAGGCGAUCGAGGAAAAACCAGAGCUGGCCAAGAAGGACUUUUCUAGCGUGUUCAAGUUCUUGGAACAAAGUUGA